GCUGUGAAAAAACUUAUGAUGAAAAGGAUAAUCAUGAAUCAGCCUGUCUUUAUCAUCCAUCCGCACCAAUUUUUCAUGAAGGAUUAAAGGGGUGGCAAUGUUGUAGUCGAAGAGUUACAUCUUUUGAUGAAUUUCUCGCUAUUCCUGGCUGUACUAAAGGUCGGCACAGUAAUGAAGUUCCACCUCCACCCGAAUCAAAUGAAACUUCAAAAGAAUCGGAAACAGUUCCUUCUAAACCUUCGACUGAACCUAUAAUUGAUCAAAAUGGAGUUGAAACAUAUAAUAGCGGUCCAACUUACACGCCAAUACAAACAAAACCUGUAGAUCCUCCUCAAAAGGCUAAACCUACUCCGCAAGAAGAGAAGCCGGAAGAGGAUGACCUUAGUAUUCCAGUUACUCCUGGAGCAGUUUGUAAAAGGUCGGGUUGUAAUAUUCCUUAUGUAGAUGAUGCAACUAGUCGUAAUGAAGGACCUCAAGCAGAAUGCGUUUAUCAUCCUGGUACACCGAUCUUUCAUGAAGGUAGCAAAGGUUGGAGUUGUUGCUCACGCAAGGUAUUGGAAUUUGAGGAAUUCUUAAAGAUUAAAGGUUGUAAAAAUGGUAAACAUUUAUUUGUCGGAUCUAGUAAAAAGGAGGAAACGGAGGAAAUUAUACAAUGCAGACAUGACUGGUAUCAAACCCCAUCAUAUGUCAUUAUGUCUGUAUUUUGUAAGAAAAUCGAUAAAGAACAUUCUACCAUCAGUUUUAAAGAAAAAGAG